CAAAUUUAAUGGACGUACAUAUUUGUAAAAGUUGGUUAAAUCGUCGUCCGUUUUCUAGUUUUUAAAAGAAGACGUGUUAGAAUGGUAGAUCGACUGACUUUCAACUGGUGUCAUGGUGGUGUUUAUGUGUUGAGGUGGUGUUAUAUAGCUCUCAGUUUAUUACACACUAGUGAAGAGUAGUGAAGACGAAAAUCAAAUAAAUAAGGGACCAAGUGAAGAGCUUUUCCAUACAGAGGAUGUACAGCCGCUAAAUAUUAUAAAUUCAGAAACACAAGAGACUGACUCAGAGAAUGAUGACAGACAGAGACACGCCAGUCCUCGUCGACAGACCGACUCGGUCGGCUAGAUUUCGAUCGCCGAUAGAGUCGGUCUGUCUGCAUCCUGCUACGGGCCGCCAAUAGGCUUAGCCUGUGCUCCCCCGCGCAGGGAGGGAGCAUUUUUGCACUCUUAACGGGCCGUCUUAGGACAAGGGCCCGAUUCCCCUAGUGGUACUAGGGGAUAAAUCUUUGAGGAAUGAUGACAGUGAGGAUCAUAGCGAAUACUAUAUCGAUAAUAUAGUGAGGAAAACACUGACUUUUUCAGUGAUAAUUGUGAAAGUAACGAAGGGAAUCCUAUAUUCGCCUCAGAAUCGGAUUCAUCACACGACGAACAGUGUGACAGUGACAGCUCCGACAACUGUUUAAGGCCCUUUAAAAGGAGGAAAUACUAGGUAAGAUUUAUCAUUUAUAUAAUUUAUAUUAUGCUAUUAUCAUUUAUUUUAUUAGGGAGUUAGCGGUAAUCUAAUAUUCAUCAGUUUACAUUAGUACAUGGUCCAAUAGUACUAUUUAUAGCAGUUUUCUUUCUCAUCUAAUGUUUAAAUUUACAUAGAUUUACAUAGAAAAUCAGACCACACAGACCCCAUGGUCCAGACUAGGUGGUCUGUCCUUAAACCUAAGUGAUUCUACAUUAAUCAGAAGACUCCAAAACGAUGCAUUUCAACUCUAGUUGAUAUUAAGUUGAUGGAAGUGAUGGUCGAGCUUGUUUUUGAAGGAGUCAUUCGUGUUACACUGGACCACUGACGGUGGGAGCUUGUUCCAUUCUCGCACUACAACGUUGGUGAAGAAAAAUUUGGUGCAGUCUGAAUUUACUUGUCUACAUUUGAGUUUUACGCCAUUAAUAGCGUUGUUGAUCUACAUGUAAAUAACAGGUAGCGCGGGUAAGUUAAUUUAUGAGACCUGGUUGGUAUCCAUGAACCGUCACACACCUGGCCAGCCACACUGGGGUUGCCAGGUCGUGUCAUUUAUGGCAUUUUUGUCUUAAAUCAAGGUGGUCGCCAAGAAAAGCUAUUUUUUAUGGUAUAUGUUAAGUAUUCUCAUAAUAAUGCCAUAUUUAGUUAUCAAUCUGCCAUCUUUUGCCAUUCUUGGGGACAAUUAUAAAUGAAUCUUCAGGAACAACUGUACGUUUACAAUCAAAUGGAAACACCAGAGUCUUUACAAACUAAAAAAUAUAUAUUAACUUUAGCAAAGUUUGCGAUAUAAUAUCAGUCAUACAAAUAUUCUGAUACUUUUCAAUAUAUGUCCUUCUAUAAUAACAAAUAGAACACUAUUUACUCAUGAAAUAUACGAAGGAAAAGCCGAAGAUGUCCUGCUCCCUACCCCGCUGAGUCAACACUUUUCCCACCCCAUCUGCACCCUCACGGAGUAGCGUAAAACAACCCCAACCACAUGGGGACGCUUUACACUACGGUUUAUGGUCACGGGUAAGGGAUGGGGAUGGGAUGGGAAUGGGGAAGUCUAAUACUAUGGCCACGAGACUCCACCACGGGACCACUCUUCGGAUAAAAGAUGACACUAUGACUGUAAAAAAGUCAGUCAAAGAUUUGGGUGUGAUACUUGACUGCACUCUAUCAUUCAAAGAACAGAUCAAUCAGGUGGUGAGAACGGCAGGCUACCAUCUGAGAAAUAUUGCAUUUGUCAAGAAACACCUGGAUGAUAAGACUAUGAAGAUGCUUAUAUAUAAUCAUGUAACUAGUAAGCUGGAUUAAUGUAACUCACUUUAUUAUGGCCUUCCCAAAUAUCUGCUGAAGAAAUUACAACUGGUUAUGAACAGAGCUGCAAGGGGUCUGCCCCCCCGUGAGAGAAUAACGCCUGCACUUAUAGACUUGCAUUGGCUACCCAUUAAGGCACGAAUAGUCUACAAAAUAUGUCUCGACUUAUCAAGCAACGCGACUUGGUAAACCUGGAUAUUUGAGAAAUAUUCUACAGGAUUUUCAUUUGGACACCACCAUGUCAGUGAGACACAGUACAGAACGGCAUAGACUCUAUGAGCCCAGGGUCAACCUGGAACUGGGUUUCAGGGCCGGUAUCCACGAAAGUGUCUUAGGCCGAUGCCGUCGUCCAUAGCAAAAUAAAAUGGCGGCUAUCGUGCCUAACUUGCCUGACGUCGUACAUAAAAUUUUUCGACGGCCCUAACAUCGUGCUUAGCGGUAAAACAGGCUGGACCCUGUCUUACCAGCCCUUAAGGACGAUGGAUUUGAACGUAAACAAUCAAGAUGGCAGCGCCACAAGAGCAACAACCACAUCAGCCAGGGAAUAAUUACCUUAGAAAGGACGUUCUAAAUGAACUUAAUGAUGCUGAGCUCAUCAAGAGGUACAGGUUAGACCGGGAAGGUAUAUUAUUUGUUACCAACCUUGUAAGGGCAGCGCUGAAGAGUGAUACCAACAGGUCUAACCCGCUCACCCCGGAGUUGAAGGUUCUCAUAACCUUAAGAUAUCUUGCUACUGGCAAAAUGCAACAAUGUAGCAGUGAUGACCUUGGCCCCUCACAGUCCUGCAUCAGCAGAGCCAUCAGUAAAACUAUAGACGCCCUUGCAGAUGUUAAUGUCCUCAAGAGGUUCAUAACUUUUCCUGUCACCCAAGACAGCGCUGACCGAAAGAAAGCAGAAUUCUUUGCUAUAGCCAAUUUCCCUAACAUCGUAGGUGCCAUUGAUGGCACACACAUCCGAAUUGUGGCACCGAGGGAUCAAGAAGAAGUGUAUGUGAACCGGAAGGGGUAUCACAGCAUGAAUGUCCAAGUUGUAUUUGAUGCCAAUUAUCGAAUAUUGGACAUUCUUGCCAAGUGGCCAGGGUCAGUGCAUGAUGCACGUAUCUUGAACAGCAGUGGAUUGUCAAGAUUGUUUGACGGAGGAUAUGUGCCAGCAGGAAGUCACUUGCUUGGAGACAGUGGGUACCCCUGCAAGACAUGGCUCCUUACACCUUAUCUGCGUCCACUGCCUGGACCUCAGUCACGAUAUAAUAGGUCUCACAAAAUUACACGCAGUAUUGUUGAACGUGGAAUUGGACAACUCAAACGCCGAUUUCAUGUUUUGCAUGGUGAGGUACGAUUGAGGCCCCCCUCAAGGUGUGCAAAAUCAUUCAUGUGUGUGGAAUGCUGCACAAUAUUUGCAAGGAUAGGAAUCUUCCUCUUCCUCUGGAUGACGAGCAACCAAUGGGUGCAGAGGCACAAGUCCCAGUGCCAUUAAAUGAUGCUGCAGAAGAACCUGCCAAUGCGCCCGGUGGUCACCGUAAUGAGGGUCGUGCCUAUCGGGAUGCAUUCUGCACCUUGCAUUUCAACAAUGAGGACUGAUGGAACGUCCUCCAACAGGGCCUCGUGUACCUACCUUGCCUGUUCCUUGGCCCGCAUAGCUGCCUCCUUGGCCCUCGCAGCGGACUCCUUGGCCCUCGCAGUGGACUCCUUGGCCUCAUGAGCGGACU